AAUGUUGGCUUAGCGGUUUCCAUCCACAUUGCUGGAACAAUUGCUGGUUAAUUUAAAACGUUUUAGCUGGUAUCGCCGCCAAAUAAGAAGGCCAGCCCGUUGACUGCGUUUAGCUGCAACAAUCAACAAGCAAUAACAGUUACAACAUAAGCGAAGUGCUCAAAAUCGGUACAAACACACACACACACACACAUUCGACUGCAUACGAACAACCACACUCAAAAGUUGGCCAUAAACGCCUCGCCGCCAAAAUGCUUCCGUUCCGGCGUGGAGCGACCUGGCAAACCCUCUUUUUCCUCUGCGCACUAGCCUACUGUAUCAAUGUUGCGAGUGGCGAGGGUCGAGUGGUUUGCUACUAUACGAACUGGAGUGUGUAUCGACCGGGGACAGCCAAAUUCAAUCCCCAGAACAUAAAUCCGUAUUUGUGUACACAUUUGGUGUACGCAUUCGGUGGAUUUACCAAGGAUAAUCAAAUGAAGCCGUUUGACAAGUAUCAGGAUAUAGAGCAGGGCGGCUAUGCAAAAUUCACCGGGCUGAAAACCUACAACAAGCAGCUGAAGACGAUGAUUGCCAUUGGCGGCUGGAACGAGGCCUCGUCCCGUUUCUCGCCCCUGGUGGCCAGUGCCGAUCGGCGCCAACAGUUUAUCAAGAACAUCUUGAAGUUCUUGCGCCAGAAUCAUUUCGAUGGCAUCGAUCUGGAUUGGGAAUAUCCCGCCCAUCGUGAGGGCGGCAAGCCGCGCGACCGAGACAACUACGCGCAGUUCGUGCAGGAACUGAGGGCCGAAUUCGAACGCGAAGCGGAGAAGACAGGUCGCUCUAGACUGCUGCUCACCAUGGCCGUGCCGGCUGGCAUUGAGUACAUUGACAAGGGCUACGACGUGCCGAAGCUUAACAAGUAUCUGGAUUGGUUCAAUGUGCUGACCUACGACUUCCACUCGUCGCAUGAGCCGUCGGUCAACCACCAUGCGCCACUUUACUCCCUGGAGGAUGAUUCCGAGUACAACUACGAUGCGGAGCUAAACAUUGACUAUUCCAUCAAGUAUUAUCUCAAAGCUGGCGCCGAUCGCGACAAGCUGGUGCUGGGCAUACCAACCUACGGCCGUUCGUACACGCUGAUCAACGAGGAGAGCACCGAGCUCGGCGCCCCCUCCGAGGGACCAGGCGAACAGGGCGAUGCCACGAGAGAAAAGGGCUAUUUGGCCUACUAUGAGAUUUGUCAGACACUUAAGGAAGACUCCGAAUGGACCGUGGUGCAGCCCAACCCCAAUGUCAUGGGCCCAUAUGCCUACAGGCGCAAUCAAUGGGUCGGCUAUGACGACGAGGCCAUUGUGCGCAAGAAGGCCGAGUAUGUGGUCGCCCACGGCUUGGGUGGCAUUAUGUUCUGGGCCAUAGACAACGACGACUUCCGUGGAACAUGCACUGGCAAGCCUUAUCCCCUGAUUGAGGCUGCCAAGGAGGCAAUGUUCGAUGCAUAUGGCCUGGGCAUCAAUGAAGUCGCCAAGUCCGUUGGCCCUCAGAAGCCGCUGCGCUCGAGAAGUCGCGAGAAUGGCAUCACUAGCACCAGAAAGCAUCUGAAUUCCGAAUCAGAGUCCAGCUCACGUGGCUCCAGUGCAGCCCGGCGACCUGGCAGCAGAGGCAGCACAACGACAACGCCGGCUCCGACCACCAUUAGGCUGACCGAACCCAAGGGAUCGUCGCUGUACAUUGGCGGAAGGGGCUCGACGACGCCAGCGCCACCCACAACGCCUGAUCCCGGCUCGGACUUCAAGUGCGAGGAGGAGGGCUUCUUCCAGCAUCCACGCGACUGCAAGAAGUACUACUGGUGCCUGGACAGCGGUCCAUCUGGCCUGGGCAUUGUGGCUCAUCAGUUUACCUGUCCAUCUGGACUCUACUUCAAUCCCGCUGCAGACUCAUGCGAUUUCGCGCGCAACGUCCCAUGCAAGACCAAGAAAUCGACAACUGCGGCGCCAGUGACUUCAACCAGCACAACAACGAGCACUACGCCACGCCCAACCAGCAGCUACAACCGGGUGACAGCGGCACCGGUGGCGCGACCUGUCUUUCCACGUGUCACCAGCACCACAACAACCACGACCGCGGCGCCUGUGGAGGAUGAACUUGAGUACGAAGAGGACGGCGAUAAUACGCAAACGUCGAACAAGUCCAGUGAUGCUGAAGAGGAUCCACAGGUGAUCAAAGAGCUCAUUGAUCUUAUCCGCAAAGUGGGGGGCAUCGAGCAGCUGGAGAAGCACUUACUGCGCAACAAGGAUGGCUCCAUCACGCUCAAGGAGAACUUCUCUAACGGCGCGCCAACCACACCUUCGACCAUUAGCAAGUCCUUGUAUGAUCGUGUCCUGAACCGUCCAGAAACUUUGGGCACAUUUUCACGCAAUCGCUUCAGUGCAGCGAAGGUACAGACCACCGAAUCCUCUGUCGCUGACGAUAGCAGCUCGCAAGCUGGCAAUUCCAAAUACUCCUCGGUACUGCGCGGCAAUAGCCGACAGGGACCUCAAAACGAAGGUCUGGAAAAGCUCCCCGAAUUCGAUGGCUUCCUCAAGGAACGUAAGCAGUAUGUGACAAUAAAUCGCAAUCGCGGCGUCUCGCGCGAUGACGAAGAGAGCGAAGCUUCCUCGAAGGACGAUCCCGAAGCAAGUGAGGAGGAAGAAGCUGAGCAGAAGUCGGAACAGAUCCUCACAACGAGGCGUCCCAUCAGCUCUGCCACACCAUCGUACACCAGCCUACGCCGCUCCCGGCCCACAACAACAACAUCUAGCACGCCGGUAGACUCGGUGACAGAGUCCGAGCAGACGUUUGCCGUCAGGGAACAAACGCAGACCAAGCAAUACGCGACUCUAAACCGCAACCGGGGACGCAGCACCGAACGACCGCAGAGCAUAGUCUCGGAGCCAGAAGUUAGCUCGAUAACCAAUCGCUACAAAUACUUGGAACGGACGCGACCCACGAAGAGCAGCGCUGAUGCCAGCGUCGGGAUCGACGAUGCUAGUGAACACGAUACUGAGGAGGAUGAGGACGAAUACGAGGAUGAGCCACAACAGAAAAAUGUAACGGUACCAAGAAAUAAAAGCAACACUACAGCAACAACAAAUACACGUAAAUACGCGAGCAUUGGCCGCAGAACCACAACAACAACAACAACAGUCACAACACCAGAAACAACAACAACCACAACAAGUGGCACCGGCGCUGAGACUGCCAAGGCCAACAACAACAACAACCACAACAGAAGCAACACUGUGAAAAUUAACAACGUAGCAGCAACCACACCAGCACCACUCAGCACCCAACCAGAUAUAACCACUGCAACAGCCACUAUCAUUAACGAAACCACUGAACCAAUUGAGAGCACUAUCAAUACUAAUAUCCAAACUACUAGUACCACCAACACCCACUCACCCACACCCACACCUACGCCCACAACCACACCCACAACCACAACCACACCUACUGUAGCAUCCACUAUCCAAGUACCAACUACCAACAGCAUUGACUCCUUGAGCUUAGCUGAAGGCAUUAACGAUAUGUUAGAGCUACCAUUGAGCACACUGCCGCCAGCUGAGGACUCAAGCGACGAGGCCCAGAUCCCAGCCCUUGACUUAAAGACUAACAAAUUAACAGAAGCUGCGACCCCAACGCCAACAGCAACUGAAACAACGACGCAGCCUGAACUGGUCAAGACAGCCAAGAACGACGACAAAGACGACGACGACAGCGACAAUCAGAUAAACAAUCUUGAUAACGAGGUAACAACAACACCUGCAACUAAGACACUAUCUAAGUACACAACCAGUCGCAGACGCAACAACAACCGAAACAGAGACAAUAUAGCCGCSGCAGCAGCAGCAAUCAACGAUGCUAGUCCCAAUGUUGGUAACUCUCCUGGUUUGAGUAGAGGCGAUCCUAGUGUAAAUAGCAUUAGAAACUCCUACUCAGGUAGAAGGCAACCACCACAAAGAACCAAACAACCUGAACUGAAAACAACCGAACUACCUUUGAGCCCGACUAACACAGACUCGCUGGGUGGCAUAUCUAGUCCAAGACCUUUUGGCUAUCCCAGACGUCGCACACGUCCCACUGCCACUAAACCACAACCUAUAACCAUAACAACCAACCGCACUGUUAAUAAUAACGAUAAUGAUAGCGAUAGCGAAAACAAAACACAAAUUGAUGAUGUUGCGAGCGUAGGCAAAACGCGUCAAUCCACUGUGGAUAGGCCCAAGAAUCGAUAUCAAGUGAGCCGCACUAGAGGCACCACGACUACAACGACACCCAGAGCAACAGCCUCGACAACAGCGGCAACAGCAAAUACACGACGUUUGUCCUUUGGCUCACGAAGCCGCGCUCAGGUAACUAAAUUAUCUAUAGUCGGUGACGAAUCAUCAGAUGAUGAAGAUGAUGAUGAUGAUGACGAAGCUGAUGCCACAGAGACGACAACUGUUGCUCCAACAGUGACAACAGCAGCGACGCCGAGCACUAAACCAACAUUGAAACGCAUACGAGUACUUAAAUAUCGACGACCGCUUCAGUCUAUUGAUAGUAGCAAUAGUACAAGCACCAGCACCACCAACACCAACACCAACACCAACACCACUAAUAGCGCCAGUACCACACACACUGAGAACAUCACAGACACAAUCACAUUAGCAAACAAUACAACGAAGCGUUUCCGAAAAAUUGUGCGCAAGCUUAGGCCAGUUCAGAUUGCGACCGACUCGAAUAGGUCGAGCGAUGGGGAGCAGUCGGGCGUCGUUGGGGAAAGCACGACGACCACACGCAAACCGUUCCAGCCCAGUCGCUCUCGCUUCGGAGCUGAGUCGCAAUCUGAGCAGGUGAACGAUGAAGACGAAGAUGGUAAGGACAAGGAAGCAGACCGACAUCCCCUGGACUUGCAGCGGCUGCGAAAUCGCCUCAAGACUCAACAGGCCCGCGGGGAGCCUGAGGAUGGAGUGCUUAGCAGCAAACUGCAGGGUAGCGAAGAGGAGUCAGAAAGCGAGGGCAGCUCGGCAUUGCAGCAGCUGCGCGAUAAGGUAAAGGCCGAGCAAGCACGUGGCACUGGGGAGCAGGGUGUGAUAAACGAUAAGCUCAAGAAACUGUUGGUCGAGAAGGCCACUGCAAGCCAAGGCGACAGCAAUGCGAUCAUUGAUGAUGACGAGAAGACUUCCAGCACAACUGCCAAAUCUGCUUUGCGUCCGGCUUUCCGCCGCAAGCUGGUGGCCAAGCGACCCUACGUACCGUCAACUAGCAACGUGCCUACGAAGACUCCUCUCAGCCUAAACAGCACACGGCCCACAGCCAAGUUCGUGCGUCGCAAGAACGGGCGCUUCGAUCCCUUCAAUUCCAGCGUACGUAACAAGGGCGAGGGCUUUGUGCGGAACGAUCCUAGAGGAUCGCGAUUGCCAGGCACCGAUCGCUUUAAGCAACAGGAAACAGAAGGUGAAGCAGAUGACGAUGAGGUAAACGACGACGAGGAGUACGAGAAACAGCAGGAACAUCCACCGGCACUCGUUAGGACUAGUUUGCUGGGCAGUCAGGCGGCGGUGCGAAAACCUUUUACGCCCAAGAGCAAACAGCCUAAGGCCGAUGCAAACAGUGAUAACAGCGAAGAUGAAUAUGAUGAGGGCGAUGAUGGCGAUGAUGAUGAUGAAGAAGAAGAAGAGGAGAAUGAGCAAGACGAUCAAACUGUUUCCAACCAAGAGCAAGGCGACAGCACUAACAAGCCUCAAACACCCGCCUAUCGCGCCAAGGACAAUCGCGUGCUGCCCGGUAGUCGACCAAGCUUUUCUCCGACCGGCAGCGGUGGCAGCCCCAUCGGUGGCAACGUGCCCUUCAAUCCCCGUAAUCGCCAGCCCAAUUCCAGCCAGAGCACCCCCUCGGCACCGUCCAAUCGAUUCGGCGGCAGCAACCGUCCGCGAGUGAUCAAUCGGCCGCCCGGAGUGGCGACUCCCAAUUUAACAUUGCGACCUGUGGCCAAGAACUAUGAGCGCACCACCCCGCUAACCCCUCUGAAACCCGCCCCGUUCAUACCCAGCAGCAAUCGCAGCUACGAGCGCAAGUACACAGGUCCGUCGACGGAAGCACCGGAAACUGCCAGCGAGAAUCCAUUGAUCGAGGACUUGAAUAUCGAUGCGCUCAAUGCACGCAACAAAAAGAUCUUCGACAUCAACAGCAAGAAGCAUACGACGCUUAAGCCAAAGGUGGCCCCUAAGGCUGAAUCAGACCUAGAGAGUGGAACUGAAACUGCACUAGAAAGGGAAGAGGACAGCGAUGAUCAGCAGCAGCAGAAUCAGGGCUAUGUGACUACCACACCAACCACACCAACAACAAAUCCAACAUCAACACAGUCAACAGACACCACAAACACUGAAACCGAACCCGAAAACGAAAACGAAAACGAUAACGAAACCGCACAGCCACCAAUUGUGCACCAUGUUCCAAUGUAUGCUAAUGAAGCCACAAACAUCUCUUCACUCCCACAGGACAAAGAGACGGCCACGUUGUCGUUGACGACGCAGUCGCCACCGCCGGCGACGACGCUGCUGCAUGUAUUCACCCUGGUCGAGGGCGAGGCUGAGGAGGAUCAGGAGCCCACUGGGCGACCGCUGGGUAGUAAGAUCACCGCUGUGGAGCCCAAGCAUAAGCUCAUCGAAAUCAAUCGCAUUGUAGAGAUAAACUCCAAGCAGGCCAAGGCCGCCCACCGCAAGUCCAAGGCCAAUCAAGACUUCGUCACGCUGCGCGUCGAGUCGCUGCCCCACGUCGAGCAGCUAGGUGAGAUCAGUGUGGUGAAAUACGUGCAUUUGGUGGACGGCAGUGAUAUUCAGAUAAACGACGGCCACAGCACCGUUGCGGACUACACGCCCACAGAGCCCAGCACGCCCUCUAAGAACUCCGCACCGGUGCGCAACAGCCUGCCCCAGACGGAGGGCGACAGCGAGUCGGAGCGCAACGGCAAAGCGCUGCUGCCGGAGGUAAUACGCAGUGCCUACGAAACGUCAACCAUAUCGCUCGAAGGACUCUUCGACUCGGAACGCAAGGCCAAGCAGCUGAACCUCAAUAGCAUCGACAAGGAGAGCAACACGGAGCGUUCGCUGAACGUCGAACUGGAUGCAAUUAACAACACCGAACCGCCGACGGCUCAGCCGGCCCUAGCGGCCGCCUUGCCAACCGUCCAAUACGUAAGACCCAUUGUACCCCUACUUCGUCCCGAAUCCAAUGAAUCCUCACCCCUAAUCAUCUCGAUAGCCAAUCUCGACAAGGUCAUACUAAGCAAAGUGCAAACGCCGGAGGGCGAGUCAGAUGCCAGUGCCAGUGCAGCAACUGCGAACGGCAUCGACGACAGCAGCAGCACCCUGUUGCCGCCAACCAGCAGCAGCAGCAGCCCCACCCAAACCGCCGCCGACACUGUCUCCGACUCGAAUUCAGCGUUCUCAGUGCGGCAUGCGUCCGUGCUGCAGGCGCCGUUCCAUGAUCGGCUCGCGGACCCUCACAGACAAACGAUAGAUAAUACACUAACAAAUGGCGCUAUUAGUGGCACUGAUUCCAACAGCAACAACAUGAACAACAGCAACAUAAACAACAGCAACAUUCAUACAACACUCACAAAUAGUAGCAGCAUUAGCGAAAAGAUCAGCUACAGCAGCGAAACGCGUGUGGUGCGCCGCAAGAAGUCGCGUCGUGGGCGUGGCCAGCGGAAGCGUGAGCGUCACAACAAUACAACAACAACAAUAACAACAACAACAACAAUAGAAACACCAACCACAUUGGCGCCUUAACUCCGGUGCAAUACACAAAAAAAAAAAAAAAUGAAAAAAUCGUAGUUAGUUAUUUCUAGUCUUAUUUUUUGUACAGAGAGAGACAAACGCAUUAAGCUUCUCACGCUGUCGCCCUGUAAAUAUUCGGCUAUGUAAAUCUGUCCUUUUAAAAUUAGAGCAUUUUCUUCGCCUCCUUUCACUCUUCUUCUUGCAAUAACAAUGAGAAAUGGAAAGUGCGUUUUUCCUUUAGCUUUCCAAAUGUUUUGCCAAAAA